ACAACCAACUGUACGUAGCGAAGAAGCUGCCAGCCGACCUCGAGGAACUCACGGUUUCGGUGCGGCGAACCUGCGGUGCCGUUGCUCGAUCGCGUUCCAUCGUGUCCCGUGUUCAUCUCGGAUUAGUUUUAAUCGUUCUUUGUCAAUCGAAUCGGAAUCUACACGUGACCAGUGCGUAAAUUCUCUAACGAAAUAUACAUUUUACCUGGGACGACGCGAUGGUCAGUAAGGAUUCGAAGAUGGUCUCCCAGGAGGCGAAUCCCUAUCUCAGGCCGCCCAGCAUGUCAACGGGCCAGUCUCUUAAAACCUUUAUUUACAAUCGUGAAACCGGUGCCUUUAUGGGCCGAACGGCAAGCAGUUGGGGUAAAAUAGGACUUUUCUACUUGUUAUUCUACGGAGUGUUGGCUGGCAUGGUUGCAAUCUGCUUCUGGGGAUUCUUCCAAACGUUGGACCCGAGGAUACCGAGGUGGCAGUUGGAACGUUCCAUAAUUGGGACAAAUCCUGGUUUGGGAUUCAGACCUAGGCCACCAAUGGAGAACGUGGAAAGCACGUUGAUAUGGUACCAAGGAACAGACAGCGAGAAGUAUAAAUACUGGGUUGAUUCGCUGCAAACUUUUCUUAAAGAGUACAUUACGCCAGGCUCGGUUCCUGGUGUUGGUGCAAACAUUAAUAAGUGCGACUACAAUCAAUCCCCACCCCCUGGUAAAGUUUGCGAUGUCGACUUUAAGAACUGGCAUCCUUGUACUAAAGAGAACAAUUACAAUUAUCACAAAUCUGCCCCAUGCAUUUUCCUCAAGCUCAACAAGAUAUACGGCUGGAAACCAGAAUUCUACAAUGAUACAGAGUCGUUGCCAGAGAAAAUGCCUGUCGAUCUCAAGGAACACAUUACCACUUUAAAGGCAAACAGUUCUUUGCAACUUAAUACAAUUUGGGUAUCUUGCGAGGGCGAGAAUCCUGCGGAUCAGGAGAAUAUAGGACCAAUUCAUUAUAUACCUCGAAGAGGUUUUCCUGGUUAUUUCUACCCGUUUGAGAAUUCCGACGGAUACCUUAGCCCCUUGGUGGCUGUUCAUUUUGUUCGUCCUCGCACUGGAAUUUUAAUAAACGUAGAGUGCAAGGCGUGGGCGAAAAAUAUAAAACACAGUCGCAACGACAAAAUAGGCGCAGUCCAUUUCGAGCUGAUGAUAGAUUAACAGCGCUGCGUACCUUUCCAGGCCUCUCCCUUGUUAGCGUACAGAAGCUAAACGUGAAUCUCAUAUUUUCUGACUCUUCGACAUACCUGGAGGCUUUUCAAUCAAGUUACGAAGCCGUCAGAAAUUCAUGACCGCUGCCAAAGCCGAUGAAAUUGUUAAUCAAGUACAAAACUGAAAUGGUUCUUUUGUGUUUGUAUCGGCGGAAUUCAUUCCAUAAAAGUUUCCCGUGGACCGAGGACAAUGUCAAAUUUCACACUAGUUUUAUGCAGUGUUCAGACUUUUAUUCGAUUACAAUGGGCAAAUAAAUUGUAUGUGAAAACUUUUACCAUCAAUGUAAUCUUUAAUUGAUCUGAUGUAAUAAAAGAACUAUGUGGUCUUAA